AUGCGGUCCCCACGGACGCGCGGCCGGCCCGGGCGCCCCCUGAGCCUCCUGCUCGCCCUGCUCUGCGCCCUGCGAGCCAAGGUGUGCGGGGCCUCCGGGCAGUUCGAGCUGGAGAUCCUGUCUAUGGAGAACGUGAACGGGGAGCUUCAGAACGGGAACUGCUGCGGCGGCUCCCGGAACCCGGGGGACCGCAAGUGCUCCCGCGACGAGUGUGACACGUACUUCAAAGUGUGCCUCAAGGAGUACCAGUCGCGCGUCACGGCCGGGGGACCGUGCAGCUUCGGCUCGGGGUCCACGCCUGUCAUCGGGGGCAACACCUUCGACCUCAAAGCCAGUCGCGGCAACGGACGCAACCGCAUCGUGCUGCCUUUCAGUUUCGCCUGGCCGAGGUCCUACACUUUGCUUGUGGAGGCCUGGGAUUCCAGCAAUGACACUGUCCAACCUGACAGCCUCAUUGAAAAGGCCUCCUACUCAGGCAUGAUCAACCCUGGCCGGCAGUGGCAGACGCUGAAGCAGAACACAGGGGUCGCCCACUUUGAGUAUCAGAUCCGAGUAACCUGCGACGACUAUUACUACGGCUUCGGCUGCAAUAAGUUCUGCCGACCCAGAGACGACUUCUUUGGACACUAUGCCUGCGACCAGAAUGGGAACAAAACGUGCAUGGAAGGCUGGAUGGGCCCAGAGUGCAACAAAGCUAUUUGCCGACAGGGCUGUAGCCCCAAGCACGGGUCUUGCAAACUCCCAGGCGAUUGCAGGUGCCAGUAUGGCUGGCAGGGCCUGUACUGCGACAAGUGCAUCCCGCACCCCGGCUGCGUCCACGGCACGUGUAACGAGCCCUGGCAGUGCCUCUGCGAGACCAACUGGGGCGGCCAGCUCUGCGACAAAGAUCUCAACUACUGCGGGACCCACCAGCCGUGUCUCAAUGGGGGAACUUGUAGUAACACAGGACCUGACAAAUACCAGUGUUCCUGCCCCGAAGGGUACUCCGGGCCUAACUGUGAAAUCGCGGAGCACGCCUGCCUCUCUGAUCCCUGCCACAACAGAGGAAGCUGCAAGGAGACCUCCCUGGGGUUCGAGUGUGAGUGUUCUCCGGGCUGGACUGGCCCCACAUGCUCCACGAACAUUGAUGACUGUUCUCCAAAUAACUGUUCCCAUGGGGGCACCUGCCAGGACUUGGUUAACGGAUUUAAGUGCGUGUGCCCGCCCCAGUGGACUGGCAAAACGUGCCAGUUAGAUGCAAAUGAAUGCGAGGCCAAACCUUGUGUAAAUGCUAGAUCCUGCAAGAAUCUGAUUGCCAGCUACUACUGCGAUUGCCUCCCAGGCUGGAUGGGUCAAAACUGUGACAUAAAUAUUAAUGACUGCGUUGGCCAGUGUCAGAAUGAUGCCUCCUGUCGGGAUUUGGUGAACGGUUAUCGCUGUAUCUGUCCACCUGGCUAUGCAGGUGAUCACUGUGAGACAGACAUCGAUGAGUGUGCCAGCAACCCCUGUCUCAACGGGGGUCACUGUCAGAACGAAAUCAACAGAUUCCAGUGUCUGUGUCCCACUGGUUUCUCUGGAAACCUCUGUCAGCUGGACAUCGACUAUUGUGAGCCCAAUCCCUGCCAAAACGGCGCCCAGUGCUACAACCGUGCCAGUGACUAUUUCUGCAAGUGUCCUGAGGACUAUGAAGGCAAGAACUGCUCCCACCUUAAAGACCACUGCCGCACCACCCCCUGCGAAGUGAUUGACAGCUGCACCGUGGCCAUGGCCUCCAAUGACACGCCGGAAGGGGUGCGCUACAUUUCCUCCAAUGUCUGCGGCCCCCACGGGAAGUGCAAGAGUCAGUCGGGAGGCAAGUUCACCUGUGACUGUAACAAGGGCUUCACCGGAACGUACUGCCAUGAAAACAUUAACGACUGUGAGAGCAACCCCUGUAGAAACGGCGGCACCUGCAUCGAUGGCGUCAACUCCUACGCGUGCAUCUGCAGCGGUGGCUGGGAAGGCGCCCACUGCGAGACCAACAUUAACGACUGCAGCCAGAACCCCUGCCACAACGGAGGCUCCUGUCGCGACUUGGUCAGUGACUUUUACUGCGACUGUAAAAACGGGUGGAAAGGCAAGACGUGCCACUCACGCGACAGUCAGUGUGAUGAGGCCACAUGCAAUAACGGUGGCACCUGCUACGACGAAGGGGACACUUUCAAGUGCAUGUGCCCGGGAGGCUGGGAAGGCACGACCUGCAACAUAGCCCGGAACAGCAGUUGCCUGCCCAGCCCCUGCCACAAUGGAGGCACCUGUGUGGUCAAUGGCGAGUCCUUCACGUGUGUCUGCAAGGAAGGCUGGGAGGGGCCCAUCUGCACGCAGAACACCAAUGACUGCAGUCCUCAUCCCUGUUAUAACAGUGGCACAUGCGUGGAUGGUGAGAACUGGUACCGCUGUGAAUGUGCCCCCGGCUUCGCUGGGCCCGACUGCAGAAUAAACAUCAACGAAUGCCAGUCUUCACCUUGUGCUUUUGGUGCGACCUGUGUGGAUGAGAUCAAUGGUUACCGCUGUAUCUGCCCCCCAGGGCACAGUGGUGCCAAAUGCCAGGAAGUUUCAGGGAGGUCGUGCGUCACCAUGGGGAGCGUGAUACCCGACGGGGCCAGGUGGGACGCCGACUGCAAUGCCUGCCAGUGCCUGGACGGGAGGGUCGCCUGCUCCAAGGUGUGGUGUGGCCCCCGCCCUUGCUCACUGCACAGAGGGCACAGUGAGUGCCCCAGUGGGCAGAGCUGCGUGCCCAUCCUGGAUACCCAGUGCUUCGUGCACCCCUGCACCGGGGUGGGUGAGUGCCGGUCCUCAAGCCUCCAGCCCGUGAAGACCAAGUGCGAAUCUGACCCCUACUAUCAGGAUAACUGUGCCAACAUCACGUUCACCUUCAACAAGGAGAUGAUGUCGCCGGGUCUCACCACGGAGCAUAUUUGCAGUGAACUGCGGAAUUUGAAUAUUUUGAAGAACGUUUCUGCCGAAUAUUCGCUUUACGUAGCUUGCGAGCCUUCCCCUUCUGCAAACAAUGAAAUGCAUGUGGCCAUUUCUGCUGAAGACAUCCGGGAUGAUGGAAACCCUAUCAAGGAGAUCACCGACAAAAUCAUAAAUCUCGUCAGUAAACGUGAUGGGAACAGCUCGCUGAUUGCUGCCGUCUCGGAAGUCAGAGUUCAGAGGCGUCCUCUGAAGAGCGAAACAGAUUUCCUGGUGCCGCUGCUGAGCUCUGUGCUGACCGUGGCCUGGCUCUGCUGCCUGGUGACCGCCUUCUACUGGUGCGUGCGCAAGCGCCGGAAGCCGGGCAGCCACGCGCGCGCCGCUUCCGAGGAUAACACCACCAACAACGUGCGCGAGCAGCUGAACCAGAUUAAGAACCCCAUCGAGAAGCACGGGGCCAACACGGUCCCCGUCAAGGACUACGAGAGCAAGAACUCCAAAAUGUCCAAAAUAAGGACACACAACUCGGAGGUGGAGGAGGACGACAUGGACAAACACCAGCAGAAGGCGCGCUUCGCCAAGCAGGCCACGUACACGCUGGUCGACCGAGAGGAGAAGCCCCCCCAUGGCACGCCGGCCAAACACCCCAACUGGACAAACAAACAGGACAACAGAGACCUGGAGAGCGCGCAGAGCCUGAACCGCAUGGAGUACGUCGUAUAGCAGACCGGCGGGCGCCGUCCGAGGGCUCCCGGGGCUCCCGCUCCUGCGGCUGCCCUGUCUGUCGUGUUCCGGCCCCACGCUGCCCUGGAUGUAGAGUCCCGUGCUAAUUUAAGUUCUGACAAGCUG